AUGGAGGCCGCUGUCAAGCUGUUCUUCUCCUCUCCGCGCUUUGCUGUCGCCGGCGCCAGCACUGAUACUAGCAAGUUCGGAUACAAGAUUCUCGCAUGGUAUCAUGAGCACUCGCUGGCCGUCACUCCGCUGAACCCGAGGGCGCCAUCGAUCUCGCUGCCGUCGAAGUCAUACACCACAGUGGCAUCCCCGUCUGACCUACCAAUGCCCUCACAGACGUCUCUCUCAAUCGUGACGCCGCCAAAGGUGACUAUCCAGGUCCUGCGGGACGCAAAGUCAGUGGAUGUGCCGGCCGUGUGGCUGCAGCCAGGGACCUAUGACGAUGAGGUACUUGAAUAUGCCCGCGAGAACUUCAAGGCUGCCAUCGGGGGACCAGGAGGCCAGGGCAGCGAGGGCUGGUGUGUCCUCGUAGACGGCGAAGCUGGACUCGAUGCUGCCGGAGUAGAGUGGACUUCCCAGAAGCUGUGA